AUGUCUCUCCAAACCCCCAUCUACGAACAUCCUCAACCAACCCUCCCCCUCCCCCAUCCCCAUCUCACCAACCGCGUUCGCGCAUACGACAUUAUAUCGACCAAAUAUUCCAUCGCACAACUCAGUCUAGCCAUUACCACCACCGUGCGACGGAGUCCGCUAUCCAUCUUAUUCCUGAACCACACUCCGGAAUUGGAGAUGGCGUGCUUGAAUCAUGAAGCGAUUUUCAUGCAGGAUUUCGCAACCAAUUUAGAUCCUACUUGUCGAUAUACAUUCCUGAAUUAUCUGAGUGAGGAAGGUAUGUUGGGGGAAUGGAUGGCCAAGGGGGAUAUAAAACCUAGUGGGGAGGAGUGGGCGGGAUAUGUUGGGUGGUGUGCAAAGGUUGUUAGGGAAGAAGGAUGGGUGGAUUUUUGUGAGGGGAGUGUAGAGGGAAUAGAGGAGAGGGGUAAUGGAAGGGCCGUUGAUGUUAUGGUUUCGGGGGAGCUAUUCAAGGCAGAUAGGGUUCUAAAUGGAGGUGAGGAAAUCUUGGCUUCUACGGAUGACAACGAGGAAUUGGAUAUACUGCAGGCGACGAACACACUGCAACACUUAUGCGCGGCAUCUUCAUUAUUUAAUCUAGCAGCACUCACAACAGAAAAUGAGUUACGGCUCGCGCAGUACGAACAAGAACAUGCAUGCAGAAUGGUAGACUUAGUUAGUGAUUACGAUAUGAGAUAUGAGUUAGAGUUAGAGUUAGAGGUACUACAGUAG